AUGAAUUGCUUCUCUCCUACACAGGUGAUUGAGGAGUUCUUCAACCAGACCUGGAAGGAGCAGUUCCAGGAGCCCAUGUCUCUCCAUGCACUCACCAUGCUUUGGUCCUUCACUGUCAGCACCUUGGCUUUGGGGGCCACUGUCUCAGUGCUCACUGUGGGCAUAGUGGCUGAUCAUUAUGGAAGGUGCAAUUCCAUCCUGAUUGCUAACUCCCUCUCCCUCAUGGCCGUGGCAUUCAUGGGUGUCUCCAAGACUGCAGGCUCCCUGGAGGCACUGAUUGUGGGGCGCUUCCUCAUUGGACUCUUCUGUGGACUCAACAUGACCCUGAUUCCCCUUUAUAUCCAGGACAUAUCCCCAACCAGGAUCCGCGGGGCCUUCUCCACCAUGAACCAGCUGUCUCAGACAGUGGGCAUCUUCAUUGGGCAGAUCAUGAGCCUGGAGAAUGUCUUGGGCACUAGCCGAUGGUGGCCACUCAUGCUGUCCUUGUCUGCCAUACUAGCCAUCCUCCAGUACCUCACCCUCCCUUUUUGCCCCGAGAACCCCCGUUACUUUAUCAUCAAUUGCCAUGAAGAUGAACUGGCUGCCAGAGGUCAGGCACAAAAUGCCCAUUAA